CGUUGCCGGUGUAUUAUAGGCGAAUCUGAAUUUCCUCUGGAAAAAGAGUUUAUGUUCCGACGCCCCAACGAAUCGACUCGAUCCUUCCCGUGAAUUUCUCAACUCAUCACUUAAUCGUCUUUAAAUUUAGCAGUUUCGGGUGAAAACACGGGUGUCAAUCAGCAAAGUGUUUGUAACCUCUUUUCAUUGUUUACUCAGUUUGUUGUGCAUUGUAGAGAAAUUCAGUUACUAACGAUGCUGAUUUUAUUGGGUGAAGUACAUUUGUGGACAUUUGAUGAUACUGUUAUUAUUAAAGACACCGAUUUCGGAGCAUUUAGAUACCAUGAGAAGCGAAUUAAUAGUUUGUAUGAGGAAGGUAAACGAUUGUAUUGUCAAAAGCGCAGUAUGGUUUUUACACCUCAGAAUAAAAAGGGCAACAGGUUGAAGGAUGCAAUUAAGUAUUUAGAGGAGCAGCUUAAAGAUAACUCGGUAUUAUAUUUACAAUGGCAUGAUCAUUGUAUCAUUCAUGCAAUGCUUAGUUCAGGCUUAUUGAUUCAACUGCAAAUUAACAUUCCUACCGGUGAUGUACAGAAAAUAAUAUUUGAUAAGUAUCUCGUUGGGAAAGUAUCCGAUCACAUAUCUGAUGUUAUGAUUACAAAGAACCAUCUGAUUUGCACAUACAAUGACAGUCAAAUAACCCUCGUUCACUUUACAAAACCAAGAAGACAUGUCUUUGAAAAGAUCGGAAGACUGGAUCCAAAAUUAAUAACGGUUGACCUCUCUGGUCCCUGUGGGCGCAGACUAGAUAAGAAAAUAGAAGUUAAUAAAACAGGUGAUUUGAUUUUAAUUUGGUGGAAAUCCACAAUGAACGAAGUGUACCCGUGGAGUCCUACGGUGAAAGAACAUGAUCGUGCUAAUGUGCAUCUAUAUCGCCUUACUGGCGUAAAAGUGGAGCUGCUGUGUUAUUUACGCACUGAAUUAGAUCCAUUGUGCAUAAUAUUUGAUACAUACCAUGAUAAUGUUCUUCACUCGGUCGAGCAAAAAGUCUCUCGAAAGGGGGAAGUAACGAUCGAGUGGCGUACGUAUGAAGUAUCGCAGCAGGACAAGUUGCAAAGGAUUGCAAUUAUUUCUGUUCCAUUGCCAACGCAUACAAGCUGUGUUAAAUUUUCUCCAAACCAUGACAUGUUAUUGUUAUGUUGCAUUGAUGGCUCGAUAACUUUGCACGAUCAAACUAAAGGAACCAGUAGCAGCAUUAAAACAGCUUUUAUACCCACAUUAGCUUCGUGGCAUAAUGACGGAAUGAUAUUUGCCAUUGGUAAUGAAAGAGGACAAUUCCAGCACUUUGACAUCUCCUUGUCGUGUAUCAGGAGCCAAAUGCUCAGCGAAGAUACGACGUCUGCAAACAUUUUGGAUUUGUCCACAUACUUCAGAAGUCAACCUGCCUUAUUGCGUAUGGAAUGGAACAAGAAAAUUGAUGCAGCAUCGUACCUGGAUCAUUACUAUAAUGGAGAUUCCUUGUUUUUACUUCUUUUUGAACGGGGUCCUUUAGGAGUUAUUAGAAUCGUCGAAGGCGAGAAUCUAUCAGGAGAUGUUUUGAUACACAAACAUUUAAGCCUUUCCCAAGUGGAACGAGCCACUUCCUUACUACUCUUUAUGAACUGGGAUAUCCAUCCUCGAGCCUGCAUGCACUCAUUAAAUCAGAUUCUUAAUUAUUUAUUCAAGCUGCCGUUAACACCAGAACGAGAAAGUCUGAUUCAAAACGCUCUAGGCAGUUUUCAUGUACCUGUUAGACCAAUAAGUCAAACCAUCGAAGAGGAGUAUGGUGAUGAAGUGAGAGAUCUUACAAGGAGAUUUUUCCACCAUCUGUUAAGAUACAAGCUUUUUGAGAAGGCUUUUCGACUGGCCAUAGACUUGAAUGAUCACGAUCUCUUUAUGGAUAUACAUUUCUAUGCAUUGGUCAUGAACGACAUGGAAAUGGCAACAGCAGCGAAAGAAAAGGCUGAACAGAUUUUAAGUAGAUCGAACAGCUGCAGCAGUAGUCACUCAACAUGCUCCCGACCGUCAUGUUCUUUGUGUUCGGGUUCAGCCAGUGACAAAGAGAACGCAUCUUAUAGUGACGGCAGUGAAACUGAAGACUCUCGCCAUGAAGAUAGAACAGAUUUGUCUUCGAGGCAACCAUUCAUCAGAAACACGAGCAGCCAGGUUCCCCCUUUACCUGUUCUUCAUCCUUCCCUAUAUAGCAGUAGUGGUCUAAUGUCAACUUCCUUCACCGAUGCCACUGCAUCACUAAAUCCAGUCGAUAGUAAUUUGAUGACAACUCCAUUCAAUGUGCCCACAACUGGUCUUACUGGGACGAUAUGUGACAGUACGGCGCAUAAUUUAGUGCCCAGUGAUCUUUUGCCAACUACGUCUUUCAGCAAGCUCCCCUAUAAGCCAGUGUUAAACUUUGUGCCAAUUGCUCCAACGAGUUCUGUCGGCAACUGCCAGCCUUUGAAUAGUGUUUCUACUAGUUUGACAAAUGUGUCAUAUGGCAAUCUGUCACUCUGUGCCUUGAAGUCAGUGUCUCUUAGUCAUCUAAAGUGCAAUCAUAGUGCAAGUGAUUUAAUACAAUCUUCUCUCACUAGAACGUCUAAUGUUUCUGGUGUUGUAACAGGAACAUCGUUUCAAAGUAAUAGUUUUGUGUCAACUCCAUUCAAUGAUCCUACAUACGAAUCGGUAUCGAUGGAUGUGCCUCCAAGCUUCUCUUCAGUCACUCCAGAAGGUUCGGAACAUAAUUUUACGUCAACUUCUUUUACCGGUCCGACAUCAAGCUCAAUGUCAAAUCUGUGCAGUGGUUCAUUAGGUGACUCAACUGUGGAAAAUAAAAGUGAGAUCGGUGCACAACCAUCAUCAAAGUACUCCAGGUCAACCGAUGUGUCAUGUGGUGCUUUAGUUAGUGACAGCGAUGCAUUGAUCGAAACUACUGCAGCAUUUAAUAAUGUUGAUACUGGUUAUACUGUUCUACCUUUCUAUAAUUCAGGCAGCAACUUGAUGUCUACAUCGUUUAACGAUCCAGACGAUAGCACAUCGGAUCAAUAUGAAAAAGGUAGCACUUAUUCAUCCACGCUUGAUAAUAUCUCCGAUAGCUCUUCGUUCCAACACCUUGGUAAGGCUCCUCACUCGAUGACUACGAAAAAGCAUGCUGAAGUGCCACCCCCACCAUCUAUUACAAACUCUUUUGCAAGUUAUACCCACAAUUUACCAAAGAAGAAUUACACCUUAUCUAGAAAUAGCACGACAAGAACUGAUACGGAAGAUCCUACACUGAAGUUUCAAGUUUCUGGGACUGCAAACUCUGUUCCGCAGAUUCCACGAAGAGACAAUUCUACUACGAAGGUGAAUCACGGUCAAAUAAAAAAUAAUUUCCACCCAACGAGGACUUAUAGACUGAAUUACGAUUUGGAUUACGUUCCAUUUCAUGGAAGUUGUGACAACUUGAGUGAUCAGUAUCUCACUAACAGUCAUGCGAAGUCAGGCUCAGUCUCUUCGAUGAAUCACUUGCAUUGUAAUUACAACGUGCAAUGCAAGCCUUUAGAAAUCAAACCUUUUAGGCUAGGAAUCUCUCAAAACAGUGGAAGUGCUUUGUCGUGUAAGGAAUCAAAGAUGUCCUCUAAUGUGCCACCGCUACCCAUCAUAAACCCUUCACUGCCCAACACAAAAGCUUUGCCACAUUGUCUCCCUCCAGUUGACACUCCCUCCAUGUCGACAGAAAAACCAAAAGUCAAGUUCUCAGACACUGUUACCCACAUUUUGGUGCCAGGAAUGGGACAAGCAUAUCGACCAGUUCCAAAAAGACCUACAACGCACUUACAUCCAAUGGAUCCAAAACGAGAGUUAGCCGAGAGUUUACCUCUAUGUUUAGGAAAUGAGGAUUAUCUGAAAGAUUUCCAACCAUUAUCAAAGGACAUCGAUGUGGAAAAAGCAAAGGAACCUGUCAAAACCGAAGAAGCUGGUAAAAUUAAGGUGGUCCAUUUUGGCCUUUUGUAAGAAACGUUUCAUACCAUUUUUAUUAAUGCAAAGGCAGCUACAAUUAGUUUAAAAAACUUUGUACAUAUUUUCCACAAGAGAUAUUUUCAUAAAUACAUUUUGUAAUAAAGAUUAAAAUGGAUGUCGAGCACUUGCAAUGCUUGUAUUCAACGUGAACAGAAA